UUUGCAGCGCACGUGUUGUCAGCAUUGCGUUUUAUUUUUACAAGUUAUUUUCAUAAUUUGUAAAGAUGCGCAUUGAUACGUGCUAUUUUUGCUCUAGCAAGAUAUAUCCCGGGCACGGAGUACAUUUUGUACGCAACGAUUGUAAGAUCUUCAAAUUCUGUCGUGGAAAAUGUCACAAGGCAUUUAAAAAGAAGAAGAACCCACGCAAGGUAGCAUGGACAAAGGCAUAUCGCAAGGCUCAUGGCAAGGAGCUGACCAUUGAUCCCAGCUUCGAGUUCGAGAAACGUCGCAAUGUGCCCGUCAAAUAUAAUCGCGAUACUUGGCAGAAGGCCAUUGGAGCUAUCAAAAAGGUUACAGAGAUUAAGCAGCGUCGCGAGAAUCACUUUGUUAUGGAGCGUCUACGCAAGGGCCGCGAGGUCGAGAUCCAAAUGGACGUGAAGGACGUGCAACGCAACAUGUCACUUAUACGUUCACCGGCCGCAGGCUUGAAGGAGCGCCGUGCCAAGGAAGAAGCCGAAGAGGCAGCACUUAUGGAUGAAGACCUGCCAGAGGAGAAGAUUACGUAUGUCGACGCACGGGAACUAGAAAAGAAGCUGGAAGAGGGUCUUGGCGAGGGAGACUUGGAGAUGCUAGAAUCUUAAGAAUUCUAUCUUAAUUAAGGUUUAGUUUUAAGUGACUGCGGAGAAUAAAUGUUAAAAAUCCCGUGGUGCA